UUUGGAACUGUUUUUUUUGUUUUCAGCUGCAGAUACCUUAAUGAAGGCAGUGACGGUGACAAUGCUCCAGAAACAAGCAGUGAUGUAAGCAAUGAGAGUGACAAUGACAAUGACAAUGGAAGGUCUAUUGGAAGAACAACCCAAUGUUUAGCAGAAAAUAUUUGCACCGAUCAAGAAAGGUUGUCCAGUGAUGACUGUGAUUCCAGUAACCAGGAACCUCCCCCUGUUUUCCAAUAUAUGGAGCAUGAUGCACCAUAUGGAAGACAACCAUUAGCAGAUAUGAUUUCAGUAUUUGCAUGUAAGUUUCCUGAUCUAAAUACAUACAAGAGCUGUGAUCUUCUCCCGUCCAGUUGGAUCUCUGUAGCCUGGUAUCCCAUAUACCGGAUACCAACAGGACCUACGCUACAAGAUCUAGAUGCUUGCUUUUUAACAUUCCAUUCAUUGUCAACAACACCUGACGGUACGAUAAGCGGUUGUCCUGAGACAGAUAACUUCCAUAACAGUAAAGUUGCUUCUAUUCCUGGGAAGAUCACACUGCCUCUGAUCGGCCAAGCAUCUUACAAAUUAAAUGGUUCCUUGUGGACGUCAAAUCAGCACCAUGAGCAGCAGUUGACUACGUCGCUUCUGAAAGCUGCUGAUGACUGGCUUUGCCAGCGGCAAGUAGAUCACCCAGAUUACCGCUUCUUCCUCACACACUAA